GACACUAUGACAUAGCCAGCUUGAAGGGUUCUCAUAAGUCCAACGCGCCUCUCAACGAAACUCUUUAUAAGAGAGUUCUUUCUGAGGCGCUGCCAGUUCCGAGAGUUACUUCUUAUUUGGGUUUCAGUAGUGGUACCAGUGGAUGUUACGGUAGAGGUAUUAUUAAUUUAGUUAUGAUACGUGUUGUCUAG